AUGUGGCGUCUCUGUGGAUUCAACCUGCUGCUGCUGCUGCUCCUCUGCGGAAGGAGCCAUUCCAUUGAUUCCGAGCCGGAGGAGGAGGAACCGGACCCCGACGAUCCCAUUGGAUUGAACAAAGAACUCUCCGAUCUGGUCAUCACCACGGCACUGGGCAAGAUCAGAGGCACCAUCCUGCCCUCCCAGUCGGGGCGCAACUUCUUUGCCUUCCGGGGGAUACCCUAUGCCAAGGCGCCCGUGGAACGACUCCGAUUCCGACCCCCAGAGCCCGUGGAGCAGUGGUACGACGUCUUCGACGCCACCUUCGACGGACCCAAGUGCCCGCAGCCGGGACUCGUCAGCGAGGACGUGAGCGAGGACUGCCUCCGGCUGAACGUGUACACGAAGGAGCUGCCCAACGAAUCGCAGCUGAAUGUCCGGCGACCGGUGAUCGUCUUCAUCCACCCUGGCGGCUUCUACUCCCUCUCGGGGCAGAGCAAGAACUUCGCGGGUCCCCAGUACUUCAUGGACCGCAGCCUCGUCCUCGUCACGUUCAACUACCGCCUGGGAUCGCUGGGAUUCCUGGCCACUGGCACCAAGGAGGCCACCGGCAACAUGGGUCUCAAGGACCAGGUGCAGCUGCUGCGCUGGAUCAAGCUGCACAUCUCGCGCUUCGGAGGGGACCCCAAUGCGGUCACCCUCUUGGGCUACGGGGCCGGAGCCAUGGCUGUGACGCUGCACAUGGUCUCGCCCAUGUCGCGGGGCCUCUUCCACCGGGCGAUCGUGAUGAGUGGCGCCGCCACGGGGCAGUGGACGCUGCCCGAGCACCAGAUGGAGGUGGCCAUGCGGCAGGCGACGCUCCUCAGCUGCCACACGGACAACACCACGGAGAUGAUUGACUGCAUGCGAGGGAAACACUAUCUGGAGUACGCAAAUACCCUGCCGCAAAUGUUCGACUUUGGGCGGAACAAUCCCCUGAUUCUGUGGAAGCCCGUGGUGGAGCCGGACUUCGGGCAGGAGCGCUUCCUCGUGGAGAGUCCUGUGCAGAGCUUCCAGAACGACGACUUCAUGAAGGUGCCCAUCAUCACGGGCAUGACCAAGGAUGAGUUUGUGGGUCCCGCCCUAUCUAUCCUCCAGAGUCCCUCCCUGCUGAGCACUCUCAACGCGAACUUCGAGACCCUGGCCCCCAUAUUCUUCAUGUUCAACGAGAGCAAUCCUCGGGCGGCGAACAUCAGCCAGGAGCUGCGGGAGUACUACUUCCAGCAGGAGCCCAUCGAUGCCAACCGCUCCCUGGCGGCCCUCUCCUCGCUCUACUCGGAUGCCCUCACCGGGUUCGGGAUCCAUCGGUUCGUGCAUCUGGCUGCGAGGUCCACCAAGGUGUACUGCUACCGAUUCGCGUAUCAGGGGGGUAGAAGCCACAUCUACUAUCCGGAGGAUGCCCCCUACGGGGUGGUGCACCACGACGACCUCAUGUAUCUGUUUGUGGAGCCAUCGAUCAGCCGCAUGUUCACGGAGGAUGACGACGAGUUCCGAAUGGUGGACAUAAUGGUCAGGAUUUUCUCGGCCUUCGCAUACAAGGGGGAUCCCAAUAAACCCACGGACGCUGCCCUGCGGGACGUCCGCUGGCGUCCCUUCAGCUUCAAGAAGCGCUACUAUCUGGACAUUGGCGAUGAGCUCGUCCUCCACGAGAAUCUCAACUCCGAGCGCUACGAGAUAUGGAAGCGUCUCUUUCCCUUGAAUUGGCGUCGCCAAACGAAGGACGUCUAG